AUGACGCACCAAGAGAUCGCACAGGUUCGAAAGCCAGCUCCCAGGUUUACCGCGAAAGCUGUUGUUGACGGCGUGUUCAAGACUGUUUCCCUUGACGAUUAUAUCAACGAUCCAGAAAUCAAAUAUACCAUCCUCUUCUUCUAUCCGAUGGAUUUCACUUUUAUCAUUGCUUUUUCUGAGAAUAUUGAACGGUUCAGAGCGCUAAAAACGGCAGUUCUUGCUUGUUCCUGCGACAGCGAAUACAGUCAUCUUGCAUGGGUCAACACGCCAAGAAAAGAAGGUGGCCUUGGUCCCAUGAAGAUUCCUCUUAUUGCCGAUAAAACUCACGAAAUUGCCAAGAAGUAUGGUGUCUAUCUGGAACAGGACGGGUUCUCCCUUCGGGGCCUAUUCAUCAUUGAUGGUAACGGUAUUGUGCGGCAGAUCACAAUUAAUGACACACAAGUGGGCCGCAGUAUUGAUGAAGCGCUACGUCUCCUCGAGGCGUUCCAGUUUAACGACGAAUUUGGUGAAGUUUGUCCUGCCAACUGGAAAAAGGGUGCUGCAACAAUUAAGCCCAACGUUCAUGAGAGCAAAGAAUACUUUGGACAACAAAGCUAA